AGCACAUAUUGGGUAAAAUUCAAAGAAGCAGUUGAGCUGUCAACACUUUCAUUAAUGUACACAGAAAAACAAGUGCGGUCAAGUUCGUUUUGAGAUAAGGGAGGGUAGGAUUCUUUGGUAGUCCGAUGGCUUGGGCCUCUGAUCGUCUAAUUCUCUAUUGCCCUCGCUGUUGCUGUGAUUGUGCCAAGGGUUUGAUGCAUCUGCCAAGAAAAUGUUACUGAAAGCUUUGCUUGUUGUGUCCCUCCUCUUCCCAUUUUGCACAUCCAUUGACACCAUAGAAAUGGACCAACAUGUAAAGGAUGGUGAUCUUCUGGUGUCCAAAGGAAACAUCUUCGCAUUAGGGUUCUUCAGCCCCAGAAACUCCAGCUCCAGGUACGUCGGAAUUUGGUAUGUUCAAAACGAUCAAAAAGGUCAAAAGGUAGUGGUUUGGGUAGCAAACAGAAACGACCCCAUCAAUCAUACCUCCGGUGUCCUUACUAUAGACGGGUAUGGGAGACUGCUUUUUUAUUCUAACAAUAUGCAGAACAUUCCUGUGUGGUCUACAAAUGUGACGGUUCAAACUACGAGCACUAGUUGCAGGGCUCAGCUUUUAGAUUCUGGAAAUUUAGUUCUUUUCCGGGAUAAUAAAAGCAAAAAUUUUAUGUGGCAGAGUUUUGAUUAUCCUACAGAUACUCUCCUUCCGGGUAUGAAACUAGGCGUGAAUUGGAAAUUGGGGAUAGAAUGGGUCUUAACAUCUUGGAAGUCACAAGAUGACCCUGGAACUGGGGAAUACACCACUAGGCUCUAUUCCAAUCAGACAGCCACCCCCGAAUUUUUUACUUUUUAUAAAGGUUUGACUCCGCAUUGGCGAUCUGAUCCAGCGAACACGCGUACUAUUGUCAAUAAUCAGGGCGAAACGUAUUCCUUUGUUAAAAACGAUAGCACUCCAACAAGGGCGGUGUUGAAGGAUUCUGGGUUGCUGCAAAUCCUCAGGUGGAACAAGGCAGAUAGAGAAUGGAAGGAACUAUGGUCUGCGCCAAAAUAUCAGUGUGACCAGUAUGAAGAGUGCGGUGCCAACAGCAAAUGUAGUCCUGAUAAUAUCAAUUCGUUUGAGUGUGAGUGUCUGCCAGGGUAUGAACCGAAGUCUGUCAAUGAUUGGAAGAUGAGAGACGGUUCGGACGGGUGUGUGAGUAAACGAGUUGCAGUAUCAAAGUGUAGGAACGGAGAAGGUUUCAUGAAAGUGGCACGAGUUAAAGAUCCAGACACAACGAAAGCAGCACGGCUGGAAAAAGGUAUUAGUGUCAAAGAGUGUAAGCAGGUGUGCUUAAGCGAUUGUUCUUGCACUGCAUAUAUGAUCAUAGAAUCUGAAGGGCGCAGUGAUUGCUUGACAUGGUAUGGUAAGUUGCGGGACAUUUUAGUGUACACACAGGCAGGGCGAGAUCUGCAUGUACGAGUGGACAAAAUCGAAUUAGCUGAAAAUUUCAGAAAUUCGAAAGGUUUUCUUAAAAGGAGGGGCAUGCUGGCUAUUCUGAUGUUGUCUGUUCUUCUAGCAUUGGUACUGAUCGUUGCGUUGGCCUGUUGGAGGAUUAGGAAAAAGAGGAAGACAAAAGCAGUUGAGAUUGAAGAAACUAGGAGACAUCCCGAAUUGCAGUUUUUCCAUCUGAGAACGAUAAUUGCAGCUACGAACAACUUCUCUCCCGUCCAAAAACUUGGCCAAGGUGGUUUUGGCACUGUUUAUAAGGGUGUGUUACGAAAUAAUCAGAAUAUUGCUGUAAAAAGAUUAUCCAGAGCUUCAGGACAAGGAGUUGAAGAAUUCAAAAAUGAAGUUGCGCUGAUAGCGAGACUUCAACACAGGAAUCUCGUGAAACUUUUAGGCUGUUGCAUAAAGGGAGAAGAAAGGAUGUUAGUCCUGGAAUACUUGCCGAACAAAAGCUUGGACUACUUUCUUUUCGAUCACACAAAAAAGUCCUUGCUGGAUUGGCAAAAGCGAUUCGAAAUCAUCAAUGGGGUUGCUCGUGGGGUUUUGUAUCUUCACCAAGACUCAAGACUUAGGAUUAUUCACAGGGAUCUAAAAACCAGCAAUGUCCUUCUAGACGCUGAGAUGAACCCAAAAAUAUCAGAUUUUGGCAUGGCAAGAAUCUUCCAUGGGGACCAACUCCAAGAUACGACCAACAGAGUUGUCGGAACAUAUGGCUAUAUGUCACCGGAGUAUGCAGUGUUCGGGAGAUUUUCAACCAAAUCGGACGUUUUUAGUUUUGGGGUCAUAUUAUUGGAGAUUGUAAGUGGCAAGAAAAACAACGGUUUCUAUCAAGCGGAUCAUUUCGUAAACUUAAUAGGACAUGUUUGGCAGUUGUGGAGUGAAGACAGAGCCUUAGAAAUUGUGGAUUCAUCAUUGGAGUCAUACGCGCCCGACGAAGCCAUGAGAUGCAUACAAGUCGGGCUCUUGUGUGUCGAAGAAGAGUCGAAGAACAGACCAUCCAUGUCAGCUGUUGUUUUUAUGUUGAGCGGCGAAGCAUCUGCUCCAUCUCCUCAGCAGCCUGCAUUUUCCUUGAGAAAAAAUUCAUGCGGCGAUGCUGUUGUUCCGUCAGUUUCUGAAGGAUCGUGUUCUAUCAACGACGUGACAAUAACUAAAUUCGAAGGUCGAUAACUAAAUUAUGAUGUCAUCUGUGAUAAAGCAUGGUCUUUCGGAAACUGAAUCAUAUAUAUUGAAAUGAGACUUCAGUUAUAUAGGCUAUUUCAUACACUUUCAAAUACCUCUUGGAUGUAUCUAAUAAUAUAGAACUCUUUCCAACA